AUGCAUCGCUCUACUACUCUCUUUGCUCUAGGAGCACUCAGCUCAACCGCCACGGCCGCUUGGUUGAAGUCGAACCAAGAGAGAUCAUGGGAACCUCCUCGACAGACCGGAGUAUUUGGGGAGGAAGCUGAACUGGGUCAGGUCGCCAUGGGAUGGUCACCAGUACCGACGGGUGCCCCCAAACUCGCCGGUGCCAUGGACAUGGGCUUUGCCUUGGGCAAACGAGCCGAGUCAGACAAUACUUGUGGCUACGAUACAGUAGGAAAUUCCUUUACUUGUACGAACACCCUAUCCGCCACUUGUACUUUGUCCGAUGGUUAUGUUGGCUGCUGUGAUACUGCGAGAUCUUGCAACUCGGUCAAGACAACUUGCAUCCCCUACUCGCGAUCUCGUGACGAAUGCACAUCCUUUUCAGAUCUUCAUACUCUCUGCUGUGGCCAGCGCGAUCGUCCCAACUGCUUUGAGUGGGUUGCGACCACAGGUGUCGACGAGUUCACAUUAUUCGACUGCUCUGCCGGCAACGGCACCUCUGUCCUGCUUUUGUCUGACCCUUUAGCCCUGUCUUCGACCUCGGGCGACGAUUCGUCCACUACUGGCAACCCCUCUACGACCACCGACGAUGGAUCGUCCACAACGACCAGCGCUGCGGCAACCUCCACAAGUGCUGAUAACGGCGGUGGCGGCAGCAGUACCAACGUUGGCGCCAUUGCUGGUGGUGUUGUCGGUGGUGUCGCUGCUCUCGCCCUCGUUGGCCUCGCUGGUUUUCUUCUGUUCCGCCGCCGCAACAAGACAACUCCUGCUGCUGCUGCUGCUGCUGCUGCUACACCCGGCGAUGGUACACAAAACCAACCUCCCAUGGCCCAAGGACCCCAGAGCCCAGGGCCCAGCUUCGUACCCUCAUCACCUUCCAACGCCGCCUACCCCUCUGGAGUCCCUUCAAACUACCAGGGUGGUUACCAGCAGGCAUACGACCCCUCAUUGGCAGCUCCCUACGGCCAACCCCAAGGAUACCAACAGCCUGGAUAUAGCGGCUACUCUCCUCAGCCCCAGAACUUCCAGGGCCAGUACCCUCAGCAAACACAGUAUCCUUCUCAGUAUGGCGUCGGCGGCUACGGAGCCCCAUCCGCAUCACCCCCUCCUCAUUUCACGCCCAGCCCGGGUCCCAACAAGGACGGCCCCGAGGGCGCCCCUCAACAGCAUGUUCAGGAACUACCUGCUGUCCAACCUUUGGGAAAUGAGGGCAACAGAGCUGAGCUGAGCUAG